CCCAUGUUGAGCUUCAACCAAGAAGUAACUCUCUCCGUUGAAAUCAACGGGGUCGCUAUGUCCAUUUCUUUUAUUGUCUAUGCUUCCAUGACUACCGUGACCGUCUCUUGAAACCGAUCGAAUUUCCUUCUUUGUAGUGAGUGAAAAGCAUGCAAUCCAAACGACGAAAUUGUAUUAUAAUUCAGUUUCAUGCUCCGACUUUAGCGUUUAUAGAGUAAGCGGAAGAUAUUUUUUUUCAGCUAACGUUAUACAUAUUAUAUCAAAAUAAGGAAAAACUGUUACCAGCGCAUAAUCACGUGUCAUUUUUUUACAGUCUAUGGUUUAAAGCGACCGCCCUCUUGAGACUGGAUUGAGCUUGAAAUUAGACUUCUUGCACGCCUCUCAGCCUGCAGACCAGUCUAUGCUGCAGACAGACUAACAGGGGUGUUGUGUUAUUAGACUUGUCAGGUUUUAACAUGGGCAGUUUAUAUCUCUCAAGAGGUCGGUGUAUUCUUCGGCAGGUGUUCUCUGGCCUAUCCACAGUACCCAUCAUGCUACAGCGGCCGUACAGCCUCGAUGUGUCAGAGCAGCUCCUGCGGACUGAAGGCUUCAUAGAUGGGCGCUGGGUCUCCGCUGCAUCCACAUUCCCCGUGUUAGAUCCAGCCACCGGAGAAGAAAUCGCGAAGGUGUCAAACUGCGGUACUAAGGAAGCUCAAGACGCUGUCAAUGCUGCAUACAAAGCGUUUCACCUGUGGAAGAGUCAUACAGCCAAGGAAAGAAGCAUUUUGUUGCGGAAAUGGUUCGAUCUCAUCAUUCAGCACAGGGAUGAUCUUGCCAAGUUGAUCACAGCAGAGUGUGGGAAGCCCAUGAAGGAGUCUCUUGGAGAGAUUACAUAUUCUGCCUCCUUUCUGGAGUGGUUCUCUGAAGAGGCCAGACGUGUAUAUGGAGAUAUUGUCGCACCUUCAGCCAAGGACCGCAAGAUCCUGUUACUCAAGCAACCGGUGGGAGUGGCUUCAAUCAUCACACCUUGGAAUUUCCCCAGUGCCAUGAUAACCAGGAAGGUGGGUGCCGCACUUGCGGUGGGCUGUACUGUAGUGGUGAAGCCGGCUGAGGACACACCUCUCUCUGCUCUGGCCCUUGCUGAGUUGUCGGUUCAGGCUGGCAUCCCUCCAGGGGUGUUUAAUGUGGUGCCCUGCUCAAGAGAAAAGACCCCUGCUGUGGGAGAGCUGCUCUGCACGGACCCUCUAGUGGCCAAAAUCUCAUUUACCGGCUCCACGGCCACUGGCAAGAUACUACUAAGACAUGCUGCAGGAACGGUCAAAAAGGUCUCCAUGGAGUUAGGAGGACACGCCCCCUUUAUUGUAUUUGACAGUGCAGAUGUUGAUAAAGCCGUUGCUGGAGCGAUGGCCUCCAAAUUCAGGAACUCAGGCCAGACCUGUGUGUGCUCCAACCGCUUUUUGGUGCAGAGUGGGAUUCACGAUGCUUUCAUGGAAAAGCUGGCGAAGGCUAUGGAUGGCGAGCUGAAGAUUGGCCACGGCUCAGAGCCCACCACCACACAGGGGCCGCUCAUCAACACCCGUGCCGCAGAGAAGGUGGAGGGUCAGGUUGCAGAUGCUGUGGCACAGGGAGCAGUCAUAGUUCGAGGUGGGAAGAGGCUGGAGGGCUCCUUCAUGCAGCCCACCCUGCUGUCCAAUGUCACCACUGACAUGCUCUGUAUGCGGGAGGAGACCUUUGGACCUCUUAUUCCUGUUGUUAAGUUCAACACAGAACAGGAGGCACUUGCUAUUGCCAAUGCUUCUCCUGUUGGUUUAGCAGGUUACUUUUACUCCAGAGACAUCAGUCAGAUCUGGCGAGUGGCCGAGCAGAUGGAGGUGGGCAUGGUCGGGGUCAACGAAGGUCUGAUCUCUGCCACAGAAGCCUCUUUUGGUGGAAUCAAACAGUCUGGACUGGGCAGAGAAGGAUCCAAAUAUGGCAUUGAUGAGUAUCUGGAAGUAAAGUACAUGUGUUUGGGUGGACUCUCUCCUUGAAGACAAUGGUUACUAGUGGUUAAAACAAAAAAUACAACUGUAGUGUGGCAUUAUCUAAGCAAGACCAUCAUAAAAACAUAAUCUACAAAACACUGAACCAUUCUCUCUUUUAGUCAGUAACUGAAUUUUGACUGUAAGAAUUAAUGUUCUGAAAGAGCGGAGACAUUUUGAUGACUAGUAGAUAUUUGCUGUAAAAAAGGGUUGGUACAAAUUGCCCUCUUUCAUAUUCUGUCCAUCUUAACUGAUUUAAGUAACCUAGUUGCUCUGAAAAACAGACUUAACAUACACUGCAAAAAAUAAAAUCUUUAUUUUUAUGUUAAAAUAGCUAAACAUCUUAAAAACAAGACAAACCUAUUUUUGUGUAAUUAUGUAAGAUGAGAGUUCUUUUGUGAAUUAUUUUUUACCCAGUUUCUUUUUUCUUUUCGCGGUGUAGCUGAUUCUUAAAAGCAAACCCAAUUUAUGAUUACGGAGGAGGUACAAAUAUAGGGAUUGGGGGUUGAUCCAGUGAAAAAUAAAAGCACAACCUUUCUGAAAAAUGCUAUUCCAGAGUGUAAAUGUUAAACUUACUAAGUGUUCUAUUUUUGUAAAUUUAGAAAUAGAGUAAGAAUGCUUAACUUGAAACAUUGGCUGCUUAAACUGUUCUGAUUUGAGGUAUUGAAGUAUAGAGAUUUGUUUAGUAAGUUAACAAAGUUGUCAUUGUGGCCAAAUGUUGUGCCAAUGUAUUUUUUUUAAUGAAACUGUCCUCAAUUUUAGUGUUUUUUUUAUUGUUGUAAAUAUUAAUUGAUAUACCUAAUUAUAUUGUAAACUGUGUAUGUUUAGAAAUAUAAAUUUUCGUACUUUGGAUUGAAAUGUUUGGCGAUAAGUGCAUGAAGAUGUAAAGACUAAUAAAUAGGCCUACAGCUGAAACUUUAA